AGUAAUCCUAGUUCCACCAUUGUCUCUGUGGACUUCUUGGUUCUAAGAAAUCCUUCUUCUUGUCUGUUGUGCCAUGUCACACUGAAGUCAGUGUCAAUAGUCAAGCCUUAACUCCAAACACACCCAGGCAGGAUAAGAGGUGUAAACAAAAACCAUCUGCCAGCAAAUUAAAAAAAAAUAAUAAUCUUGACAAAAAAGAAGGAGGAGGAAGAAGAGGAGGAGGAGAAGGAGGAGGAAGAGGAGGAAGGGGAGGAAGAAGAAUAGGAGGAGGAGAAAGAGGAGGAAGAGGAGGAAGAGGAGGAGAGAACCAGACAAUAUGAUAUCAAAACUUCUAAAGGAGAAAUAUCCAUUUAUUUUCAGGUCCAUCCUUGAGAAAUACCAUCACAGUAUCUUCUUACUUCUCAAUUCAUGGUCCUGUCCAACAUUACUCAUUUUAGCCCCAUGUUCUACCUCAGUGGCUUUCCUGGUUUGGAAGAGUUUGAACACUGGAUUUUCAUCCCUUUUUUCUUGAUGUACCUGGUGGCCAUCUCAGGCAAUUGUCUCAUUCUGAUGAUUAUUAAGACCAACCCUCGACUGCACACACCCAUGUACUAUCUGCUCUCCUUACUGGCACUCACGGACCUGGGGCUGUCAGUAUCUACCUUACCCACCAUGGUGGGUAUCUUUUGGUUCAAUUACCAUAGCAUUUAUUUUGGAGCCUGCCAAAUCCAGAUGUUCUGCAUCCACUCUUUUUCCUUCAUGGAGUCUGCAGUGCUCCUUGUUAUGUCUUUUGAUCGUUUUGUGGCCAUCUGCCACCCACUGAGAUACUCAGUCAUUAUCACCGUUGAGAGGGUAAUGAGGGCAGGCCUAUGUGUCAUCCUCAGGGGACCUGUAGCUCUUAUCCCAAUUGUCCUCCUCCUGAAGAAUUUUCCCUAUUGUGGGCCUCUUAUCCUCUCCCACUCAUUUUGUCUACACCAGGAAGUGAUACACCUGGCAUGUGUGGACACCACCUUCAACAACCUAUACGGACUGUCACUGGUGGUGUUCACCGUGAUGCUGGACCUCGUGCUCAUUAUGAUGUCCUAUGGAUUCAUUUUAUACACGGUGGCUGGUCUGGCUUCCCAAGAGGAGCAGAUCCGAGCCUUCCAAACAUGUACUUCACAUCUCUGUGCUGUGCUUGUGUUCUUUGUGCCCAUGACAGGGCUGUCCUUGGUACACCGUUUUGGGAAGCAUGCUCCAUGUGCUCUGCAUCUUCUCAUGGCUAACAUCUACCUCUUUGUACCACCCAUGCUUAACCCAGUCAUAUAUAGUAUUAAGACAAAAGAGAUCAGAAGAGCAAUCAUCAGGUUCCUAGGCUUUAGAAAGGUCAAUUCUGAGUCCUGGGGAUAAAUGAAUCACUGAAUGUCCUUACUCUAAUAAGUCAAAACUCUAUCACAUUAAGUACCUGUCAAAACACCCAACGUCAUGAUAGCUCCAAGUCAUAAAUAAUAUGUGAAUGUUUCUUUUCU